AUGUCAGAGACUGUCAGUAAUUUAGAGGUUGCAUCUAGUCGUCUCAACAAAUUUGUGGAGCUGGCAAACAAGUCCCCCCGAAGACAGUUAAUAGCUGCGUCAGACAGAACACCAUAUACCUAUGUAAACCUCUAUCGAAUUUCCAAGGUUCAUCCUCUGGGUUCACCUGCAGUGGCGAAUAACUUGGACAGCAUCAAUCUACAGACGGCGACAUAUACCAGCAGCAUGACUGGCUCCUCUGGUCAUUCUGCCGGCGUUACAUGCGUGAAUCUCUCGUCACCAGAAAGCGCUUACAGUACCGGAUACUCCACUGACGGCACAUUGUCUGGGGCGAGCUUUCCACCUGAAUAUUACAUUAACAUCAGGACGGGAAAGCACUACUUCCAAAAUAACAAAAACGCCUCCAGGACGAAGAGAAUCGGCGAUAGCAAUCACUCACUGCAUGUAACAGAAGACGCAACAGUUGUGGAAAAAGGUGUAAAUUCCGGCAGAAAAUCAACACUACUUAACGAACAGCCUAGAGAUCUCAGAACGAGUGCAACAAAUAAGUGUACUGAAGCAUCCAAAGCCCAAUAUCCGCACCAACGCCCGAAUUGUCAUCUGCAACAGCAGCAGCCGCAGCAGCGGCGCCAUGAUGAAAUCUCGCAUCAGAAAGCUGAGUACCAUUUGAUGAAUUUGUCAAUAAACAGUCUGCCGAUACCAUACACUAUACAAUCACCUCCGGUUGCGGUUCCGCUACAAUCCUCAAGGCAACGUUCUCGCAUUCGAACAAAUCCAUGGCUAUCGGCCAACAAUUCGGGAUACAACUCAAGCCUUACACUAGACGAGACCAGUAGUAGCUCCGGAUUGAAGUUUACAGAAUCAACAGGCAGCGUGAAUGAUAUCAAUGUCAAUAUCUUUCGAGAUAGUCAAACGAGGAGGGAAUGCAGACAGGAAAGUCUUAGCGCCGGACGUAGCCCUGUUACCCAGAACUCGAGAAUAAAGCCAGGAAUGAACAUCCGGGACAUGAAGAUCUCUUUGGGGAUGGAAAGGUGUACGAAAAUCGGAGGAAGAGUCAGCAUCAGUUGUAGUAGCAGCAACUCAUCAACAUCUAGUACAACAGAAAGCAUUCUUUCAUCAGAUGAGGAUGAUACUUUGAAUGAAAUGAUGGGUAAAUUUGAUGAAAGCUACGUGUACGAGAAGGAGACUGAUAUAUUAUCUGAUAGUGAUCCAACGGACUGUGAUGACCGCAUCGAUUCUCUAUCAAACGUCGACACCGGCCAAGAUGGAGGAGAUGCGAAUUAUUUCUUUGAGAAAGAUGUUGAUUACAUCGAUAAUAGAACAUCAUUUUUAGAACUGGAGAAAAUGGACCCCUCGGGAUGUUUUCUGAACAAUAGGCACUGUACAUUUUUCACAAUAACGAAUGAACUCGGCCAUUGUGACUCUAGAGUAUCAUUCUUAAAAAGACGAAGCCAGGAUGAGAGACCCAAUCGGUCGAUCAACGUGGGAAGUAGCGCAAAACGACAGAGUGUGAGACUAAAGAAAAUGAAUAAGCUAACCAAUGAAAAGCCGUCCAAUGAAAAGAGAAAAAAGCUGAUCUCGCAACGGCGCAGACGCGAUGAGGAAACUGCGAAUCUAAAUAGGGCUUUAGUUGAGAAGAUGCUGUUGAAGAACUCGGGUUUCAAUCAAGGUAGUCGAAGUGUAGGAGGAACUCCAAUUUGUCACAGGAGAAAAAAACACGACCUUGAUAAAAAUUACUCUCCAAUUAAGCAGACAAUUGAUGAUAAGAGCUUAAUUUCGCCUCGACAGUUUCUCGUUGAGAAAAGGGCUGCGGAAAUUGUGAAACGACGAUCUAAUUCGGUGAGCUACAUGAACGGCAACCUGGUAAAGCGAGAGAUAUCAGGGAAAAGGUACAUGGCAACAUUUGCUUCUGAAAUCGCUCUGAUUGAAGCUGAUAAGGAAGCAGACCAAAAAUACCGGGAAUUAAUCGUGGAAGCCGAAAACAUUCUUGUAAACAUGCAAAGGAAUCAAAAUACUUCCCCAAUGGUGGCAUCUCCAUCUCGAAAAUUUCAUAAUGGCUUAACAAACAAGCGAGUUGAGCUCAUUAAGAAUGCGGAACUUAAUAUAGAGCUUGCUCUAUCAAAAAGUAGAAACUCUCAACCGGAAAUGCAGAGUGGAAAUAUAAAGGAUUUAGAACACAUUAGUCCUAAACGGCACUUCCCUCAAAAAAACGGAAGUACAUACAUAGGAGAACUUCAGAAUAAUCUGGGAUUGUUUAAGGAAAAUAAGCAGAUGGAAUUUCCAGAUUCUCUAAUAAUGUGUAGGAGAGCUUCUCACGAUUCGCUCACUCGAGGACUUUUAAAUAAUAAAAGACAUGUUAUAAAUAAUAAUUCAUCGAUCAACCACGGUUCGACGUCAAAUUAUUAUGGAGCUGAACAUGCAUCCCCAAAUUUUAAUAAAAGAGCACAGUCAACUUUAUUUCAAAAAUCGAAUCGUAUGAGUGUAAAAAUGAGGGAAGCUUCUGAAAUAAAGAGGGGGAAUUCUACAGCCGCAAACUCAUCUAAAGCAGAGAGUUUCACAUCCAGUUCGUCCGAUUCUGAGGAACGAUGUGAAUUAGUUGAAAUGGAGCCCCUUCUUAAUUUUAGGUCUAUAGAUAUGUGUCCCAGUAAGGAAAAUAUAUCUUACUGUCCGCAAAGCGAACCAGUCAAAAGGAAAGUUUAUGCAGGUAGCGUAACGUUUGGAAGGAUACAAAAAACUUUAGGCGAAAACAGUGUGCCACUUCGAAAUUCUGAUGGUGAUACGGUUAACGAAGAUACUGAUGAUUCAAGACGAUCCCUUCGAGAAAAAGUGGCACGUCUUCGUCAAGAACGAUUAGCAGCAGAAGCUAUGUUAGAUUCUCAAGAAACUCGCGCUUUUCAGCCACAGCUUUCACAGAUAAGAAGACAGAUGCUUAUGCAAACUAUUGCGGGACUAAAGCGCAGUUUAGAAGACCAAUCAGCUACAUUAAAGAAUACUUGUUUAGAGAUAUCGACUCUAAACAAUGGCUUUGUUUAAAACAAUAAUUUUCCUAAAUUAAAUAAGGAACAUACUAUACAGCUGUAAAAUUUCUUUAAGAAAAAAAUGAAAUUUUGUCACCUAAAUGCCUUUCGAUUUAAACUAAGUUUAUUCAGUAUUACCUCUGGAGCGCACAAUCUUCAAAGGAGACGUAGGUAGGUUGGAAGUAUAUUAUGUACGUAGGGUCAGAAACAGUAAACAAGCACAAACACGUCAAUGUAGGCUAACAGAAGUCUUUAAAAUUAUUUGCAGAAUUAUUUUAAGAAAAAAUUAUUGAUGCAACUCGAUACACGGAAGAAUUCUAAGUAAUAUAUAGCAAGAGUACUUCACAUGCGUUUAUAUCAUAUCCUUGAAAGAAUUCAUGCAAUUUGAGCAGGGAUAUAUCUUAUUCCAGGAAAGCUAACCAUUUGUUUCAUUAAGAGUAAUAUUGCCGAGCGAGAAAAGCGUUACUUAACCGUUCUGUGAUUGCAAGGGUCCUUUGUUAAGCUUUCGGAUUAAAAUUUAGAAGUAGAUCUU